GGACGGCCGCGGCGCGGGGCCCCGGCGGGACUAUGGGAAACGGGAUGUGCUCCCGAAAGCAGAAGCGGAUCUUCCAGACGCUGCUGCUGCUAACCGUGGUGUUCGGCUUUCUCUAUGGCGCGAUGCUCUACUACGAGCUGCAGACGCAGCUGCGGAAAGCCGAGGCGGUGGCGCUCAAGUACCAGCAGCACCAGGAGUCCCUUUCCGCCCAGUUACAAGUUGUGUAUGAACACAGAUCAAGAUUGGAGAAAUCCUUGCAAAAGGAAAGACUUGAACAUAAGAAAGCAAAGGAAGAUUUUCUAGUUUAUAAAUUAGAAGCACAAGAAACACUGAAUAAGGGAAGGCAAGAUUCUAAUAGCAGGUACAGUGCAUUGAAUGUCCAACAUCAGAUGCUGAAGAGUCAACACGAGGAGCUAAAGAAGCAACACAGCGACUUGGAAGAGGAGCACCGCCGACAAGGAGAAGACUUCAGUAGGACAUUUAAUGACCACAAGCAGAGAUACCUGCAGCUGCAGCAGGAGAAAGAACAAGAGCUUUCUAAGCUAAAAGAAACUGUGUACAAUCUGAGAGAAGAGAACAGACAGCUGAGGAGAGCGCAUCAGGACAUGCACACACAGCUGCAAGAUGUCAAGCAACAGCAUAAGAAUUUACUCUCCGAGCAUGAGCAACUUGUAGUGACUCUGGAAGACCACAAGAGUGCGCUAGCUGCUGCACAGACUCAAGUUGCAGAAUAUAAACAACUGAAAGAUACACUGAACAGGAUUCCAAGCUUUCGAAAACCAGAACAAACAGAACAGCAAAAUCUGACCCAGGUGGCACAUUCUCCACAGGGUGACCUCACAGCAAGGGGCAAGUCACCUGGAGAGCCUCGGGAGGUGUCUCGAAAUAGUGAAGUGUGGCAGAACCAUGAAGCAGCCCCUGGAAGAACAGAGGAAACAAAGCCUUACCCUUCCACCCAGAAGGAGGCAGAAUUUCAGGCUCCCGUGGAACUGACCCAGCAAGAAGCGGGACCCAGGGAGCCGGAGGAGCGACAGGUGGAGGAGGAGCACAGGCGGGCCCUGGAGGAGGAGGCCAUGGAGCAGGUGGGGCGGCCUGAGCACCUCGAGGAGGAGCACGACCCAUCACCCGAGGAGCAGGAUCGGGAGUGGACGGAACAGCGUGAACGAAAGGAAGCCGGACUUGCGGCAGGGGAGGUUCAUGCUGAGGUGCAUCCUUCAGCCAAGCCGGUUACCAGACUCCAGUCGCCAUACGAGGAGCAGCUGGAACAGCAGAGGCUGGCGGCGCAGCAGGCGGAGGAGGCCCAGCGGCUGAGAGAGGAGCAGGAGGCCCUGCAUCAGCAGCGGCUGCAGGGACGCCUGCGGCGGCAGCAGCAACAGCUCCUCGCCGGGGAGACAGCCCGACAGCGGCAGGACGGGCUCCAGGAGGGCCGGCCGCAGCGCCCCGAGCAGCCACGGCAGCAAGCUCCUUACGAUGCUGUGGAUAAUGAUAUUGUUCAGGGAGCAGAGGACCAGGGCAUCCAGGAAGAGGAAGGAGGUGCCUAUGAGAGAGACAACCAGCACCAAGACGAGGCGGAAGAAGACCCAGAGAAUGGACACGAGCUGCAAGAACAAGCGCCCCACGAGGCUGACCCAGAGUCCGAGGGAGAUAGGGCAGCUGUAGGGGAUAUAAACCCAGCAGAUGACCCUAAUAAUCAAGGCGAGGAUGAGUUUGAAGAAGCCGGGCAAGUGAGGGAAGAAAACUUGCCAGAUGAAAAUGAAGAGCAAAAACACAGUCACCAAAAGCAACAGAAUGCAGAAAUGGAGGAACAUUUGGUGAUGGCAGGAAAUCCAGACCAGCAGGAGGACAAUGUGGAUGAGCAGUACCAGGAGGAAGGGGAAGAGGAGGUUCAGGAAGAUUUGACUGAGGAGAAAAAAAGGGAACUGGAGCAUAAUGCUGAAGAGACCUAUGGUGAAAAUGAUGAAAAUGCCGAUGAGAAAAAUAAUGAAGGAGAAGAGCAAGAAGUUCGAGAUGACAACCACCCCAAAGGCCGAGAGGAGCAGUAUGAGGAGGAGGUGGAGGAGGAGGAGGACGGGGCUGCCGCCGCUGAGAAGUCACGGCGAAGAGCUGAGAUGUAGCCCUGCCCGAUUUCACAGGCAGAGCUCAGCUGCCGGGUUCUUUCCAAGCUGCUCAAACAUAAAUCUGCCUACUGAGCUCUAGGGUAUUUAACUACAAAAAUUAAAAAUUUAGACUUUUUUUAACUUUUGUAUUAGAAAUGCUCAUACAUUUAUAUGAAUAUAUUUUGAUAACCUAGGUUAGAGCUUCUUUUUAUAUUCAAGCAAGACCUGAAUGAGAAGAAAAAUGAUAGAGCAGACGUUAGGCUCUGAAUCUCAUUGUUCGCAGAUUAUGUGAUACUGGAAAAGACCUUGAUUUUGUAUAUGUUUCAACUUGUCCCUUCUCUGUCUUCCAGUUUCCAAGUGUUCUGCUGUCUGCCUUUGAUGAAAUGCAGAAUUUCAAGAUAGGGAAUACUGAAAAAUGCUGUACACAUUUUAAGGAGAAUGGCCAAUUUACUAAUUGGUGCCUUUCCAAGGUUCUUAUGUAUAGUUCUGAUAGAAUUUUCACCUGUCUGUGUAUCUCUGGGAUAAGACUCAUAGACAGUGACAUGUAGUUAGACAUUUUGGUUAUAAAGACACUGUUUUUCAGGCUUCUUGGAUCAGUUAGAGAAAUGUUUUAUCUUACUUAAGAUCACAGGUCUUCCUCUUGAAUUAAAUUUAAAAGUGAGAUAGUAUUAAAACUUAACGUGGCAGUAUUCUGGACUUAGCUAUUUCAGGAUUCAAACAAGGUAUGACACACCAGCAUAUUAACCUUUUGAAAGGACUGACACUUUGUUUAAUAACGAAUUUGGUGUGUAUGGGUGGCAUUUUCCACAUGAGCACCCCUUCUUUUUUUUGGUGGUCACCCAGUGAUAGCCUUGUUUUAGUAUCUAAUUCUUGACAGUAAUACAUAUUUCCCUGUAAACCCUGUGCCUCAACACUUAAUCAUUGAUGACAAGCAUGAAUAUGAAGAAGUACCAAACUGUACAACUGAUCAGGAUAUUGUUCAAAAACUAUAUGGUGAAGUACAUAAGGUGGUAUGAUUGACUCUCAUGACUUUUCUGUUUGCUGGGAUUAGGUCUGCAUUAUACCCAUGGAUACAAGUUUAAUGAUGAUGAAUUAUACAAAUCCCUUAAAAUUAAAAAUCAAAAUUUCCUAUGGGAUAGAGACAUAUUUCAGUCUCAAGUAUAAAAAUAUUUAACUAAAUAGAAUUAAGUUAUAUCAUUCAUUCAUAUGUGUGUGGUUUUAUAAUAGUACUUUCAAAUUAAAACUGAUUUCAAUUUGUACUAUUAUUGUGUGAAUGUAAUUUUAUUUUUAAUAACCACACUCAUGUAUGGUUUUUGCUUAUCCCAGAUGAGUGGUUAUGUUUGUAUGCAUAGGAAUGCUUUGUUCAAAUAUAUUUUGGAUUUUCAGUAAUCAUGAAUCAAAUCUUACCUUUAUGUAUAAAAACUCUUUAUGUAAUGUAAAAUGUAUAAUAUUGUACAUAAUAUUCAGAAUACAAUUAUUUUGGUAAAUUAGUUUGUAUUUUUAAUGUCCCAGUUGCAGUAUUUAAUUAUUUGAAACACAUUGAAACUUGGUAAUAGUCAAUAAAAUGAAAAGGAGCAAGCAGUAAACCUUC